CUAUGGGCAGAGAGAAUCAGAGCAGGAAGAAAGAGAGAAGCCCUGUGCACUGGAGGGUCCACAGCCCCCCAGAUACUCCUUCUAUACAGGUAUCUACAUAGAUGAGUGCUGCUCUGGGUGGAUUACUUCCAUUGCCUUUUACAGCAACAUCUGCAGGAUUUUUGGUGAAGUCCCAUCAGGACAUGGAGGUCCCCCUGAUGUCUGGACUCCUGGACUAGGGCCUGGAGGAGUCACAUUGGGGAGCUCUGGUUCCCACCAAGUCUUGAUACUUAUAUCCGAAUCCUAAGGAGCAAUGACCCAGAGACAAGUGUGGUCCCCCUGAGGUAGCAGUCAGUGACCAGUGCUGUGCCCCCUGAUGACCCCCAGCUGAUUAUUAUGUCAGUGUUAUUAUUCCCAGCAGCCAUCUUAUUCUACACUCAUCACCCCCAUCAUCCUCACCAUCAUCCUCAUCAUCAUCACUAUGAAGGAGAAGUCUAAGAACGCAGCUAAGACCCGCAGGGAGAAGGAGAAUGGGGAGUUCUAUGAGCUGGCAAAGCUGCUGCCCCUGCCCUCUGCCAUCACCUCCCAGCUGGACAAAGCCUCCAUCAUCCGCCUGACCACCAGCUACCUCAAGAUGAGAGCAGUGUUCCCCGACGGACUGGGAGAUGCUUGGGGACAUCCAGCAAGAUUAGGACCUCUGGAUAAUGUGGCAAAGGAACUGGGAUCCCAUUUACUUCAGACCUUGGACGGAUUUGUUUUCGUUGUGGCAUCGGAUGGAAAGAUCAUGUACAUUUCCGAAACUGCUUCUGUGCAUCUGGGAUUGUCACAGGUGGAACUGACCGGCAACAGUAUUUAUGAAUAUAUCCAUCCUUCAGAUCAUGAUGAGAUGACGGCCGUACUGACAGCUCAUCAGCCCCUUCACCCGCACUUGUUACAAGAAUAUGAAAUUGAACGGUCGUUUUUCCUACGAAUGAAAUGUGUUUUGGCAAAAAGAAAUGCAGGACUCACGUGCAGCGGAUACAAGGUGAUUCACUGCAGUGGUUAUCUGAAAAUAAGGCAGUAUAUGCUGGACAUUUCUUUAUAUGACUCCUGCUAUCAAAUUGUAGGACUAGUGGCUGUGGGUCAGUCCUUACCCCCGAGCGCCAUCACAGAGAUCAAACUCCACAGUAACAUGUUCAUGUUCAGAGCCAGUCUGGACCUCAAACUCAUUUUCUUGGACUCAAGAGUAGCUGAAUUAACUGGUUAUGAACCUCAAGACCUAAUAGAGAAAACUCUUUACCACCAUGUCCACGGCUGUGAUGUGUUCCACUUGAGAUAUGCCCACCAUCUCUUGCUGGUAAAAGGCCAGGUCACCACCAAGUAUUACCGGAUGCUUUCUAAACAUGGAGGAUGGGUUUGGGUGCAGAGUUAUGCUACAAUCGUCCACAACAGCCGCUCUUCUAGGCCUCACUGCAUUGUUAGUGUAAACUAUGUCCUCACAGAUAUAGAAUAUAAAGAGCUGCAAUUGUCCUUGGAGCAGGUGACAGUGUCCAAAGCCACGUUUCCCUGUCGGAGCUCCAUGACUACCUCACAGGAGGCCAGGAAGCCCCCCAAACUGAAAGCUGCCAAAGUCAAGACGAAGCAGGCCCGAGCCAACCCCUACCCACAGCAAUAUGGUACUUUCUAUGGUGAGAAGUUGGACUGUGCUCAGCUUGGAAGUUGGAAAGGAAACUCAGCAAUAAACUCCACCGCUAACCAGGAGCCAAACAGCCAUACUGAAAACAGUGAACUCUUAUACACCCCGACCUACAGCCUGCCCUUCCCUUACCACUACGGACACUUUUCAAUGGACUCUCACAUGUUAAGUACCAAGAAACAAGUCAUGCCUUCUAGAUGUGGCCAAUCUCAAGGAUCGUCAUGUGAAGUAGCAAGGUUUUUCUUUGGCACGUUACAGACUGGUGGAGAGUGUCAUUGGCGUUACUCGAACUCGGUGGUGCCGAGCUCACCGACAAAAACCGCUCACCAUCAAUCCAACCAGAUGCGUCAUAACCCUUCUCAGAACUAUGAUGCAGCCAAAAGGUAUGUGCCGGGGGAAAACACAUCUGAAGGGUUCACAGGAUGUUCUUCGACAUCAUUGAGAUCCAACGACCGGUAUAAAGAUGAGCACUACAGUUCAGCAAUGAAAGCCGGCAAACCGGAACACAGAGGAACCCCAACCUAUCACACGGUAAAAGAAGAGAACAAGAUGGACUUCAGUAGGUACCAUCAGGAGAAGAUGGCUGUUAGCGAUAAGCACUUUUCAGAUUCGUUAAACAGUUCGUUCUUGCCAAAAUCAGAAUGUCUUCAUGCCAAGACUGUAGGACAAUUAAACCAUCUGCUGCCGAGGCCGAUGGUCUAUGAGCAGACACGAAGGAUCUGUAUGAAGGAACCGAAAUAUGGGCACGUCAAUUUACGUCCAACGGGAUAUCAUGAACUGGAGCACUCUGAUAGAACAUCCACAAAAUUUCCUCACCAUAACCCUGAACAUGAGCACUUCAAGCCUCGCGGCCAGAUCCCCUACGUUCCCCUAAAUUACCACCAUGUGUUAUCCAAACACGGUCCUUGUCAACCGUCACCAUGCACAGAACGUGAACACGCGGUGGAAAACUAUGGCUAUUCCUCCGAGGAAGUGAACUCGUACAUGUACAAAAACCAAAGUCCGUCAUCUAUAUCUUCUCCCGAAAGCCACCGAGAAGCUGCACUCCCCCAUUAUAUUGGGACUUCGGUCAUAAUAACCAACGGGAGGUGACAAUGGACAUUAGGUUUUGCCUUUUUUUUUUGUGAUGGAAACUGGAAUUAUUUACACAGAAGCAUGAGAAAGCCCGGUGACCAGUACUUACCGAGCGGAACUGAAGGUCGUGAAAGGACAGACCUGCGUGUUCUCUUGGCAAGCCGUAUGUAAUAGAACCUAAAAGGUCAGAAUUAUACAACCAGCUUCAGAGCAGCAUUGUUACACAUUAAUCUCUGGUGUACACUGCGCCAUUUGAGAAGUAAUGUGCCAGAUCAUAUUUUCCUCUUCUCUGCCGCUCGAUGAAUAAAAAAAAGGGGCAGCGGCCGAGAAGCAAAGUUUCAAAUUUAAUUAUAUGAAGGAAACUUUCAUCCCCUUAAACAACCGAGGUCCUUUAAUCCCCUCGACCAGGAGGAGAAUUUGAGUGCAUGACGUGACAGAUACAAUGUAAUGAAUGUGGCCCCGUUGAAAUCUUUACCUUUUAAAUUUUUUAUUUUUUUGUCCAACUGGGAGACUCAAAGCUAUAUAAAUUUCAUUUCAUAGACAUAUUAGGCAAUAAUCCAAAUUAAGGUGGCACGGGAUGUCUGAAUUUUAAGUAUUCCCAAGUGGUAUAGUGUAGGAAAAUGUAGGGAUAUACAAACCUUAAAUAAUACUGGCAAAAAAAAAAAAUUUUUUUUUUUUAACCCAGACAGUGGGGGGAUUUGUCUGUUCACUUUAUAAUAACAAUUUUUCUUGGCAGGAAAUAAAGUACCAAAGACAUUAUUCUAGGGACAGAUCUCUUCUGUGGCUUUAAAUCCCAUCUGCUUACAGAACAUUUAAGAAAUCUGAACAGGGGUAGACAUUACCUAAACCGGUACGAUGAUUUAUUGGGACUAUGAAGGGCUGACUAUGCAGCUAUUAA